CACACCGAUACAUCGACAUUGACCCAUUGACCAUAACAACGAAAAAAUUUAGUAUUGGUUUUGUUGGGUCAGGGUAGAAGAUGUCAACAAAAUUUCUUUAAUCAUCCACAUUCAAACUUUCUGGUGACAUCCCACGAGCUAAUUUAUGGUGCUUACGUUACGUACAACAUGAAUCUUCUCUCCAGUUUACGUGAUUGCCUGAUAUGCAGAAGAGCAGCCUCCGCUGGUGACGAUCCAGACGACGCUGACGACGGUCGCCAUGAAUCAUGGGAUUUGUUUUUCGGCCUCAAUACUCUUCAAGCUGCUACAGAUUUCUUCUCAGAGCUCAAUAAACUCGGUCAUGGUGGGUUUGGCCCUGUUUACAAGGGUUUAUUACCUAAUGGUCAAGAAGUAGCAAUCAAGAAGCUAUCACUCACAUCAAGCCAAGGAGUUCGCGAAUUCACCAAUGAAGUGAAAUUGUUACUCAAAAUCCAGCACAAAAAUUUAGUGAUGUUAUUAGGAUGUUGCAUAGAAGGACCCGAAAAGAUGCUUGUAUACGAAUAUCUUCCGAAUAAGAGCCUUGAUUACAUUCUUUUCGAUAAAAGAAAGUCGGGAUCAUUGCAAUGGUCACAAAGAUUUCAAAUCAUAAUAGGUGUAGUAAGAGGUCUUCUCUACCUCCAUGAAGAAGCACCGAUCAGGAUCAUUCAUAGAGACAUUAAAGCAAGUAAUAUAUUAUUGGAUGAAAAACUAAACCCCAAAAUCGCGGAUUUUGGAUUGGCUAGACUUUUUCCGGGUGAUGAUACGCAUCUGAAUACGUUCCGGAUUUCUGGUACCCAUGGAUAUAUUGCACCUGAGUACGCGAUGCAUGGAUAUUUGUCCGUGAAAGCUGAUGUAUUCAGUUUUGGGAUUUUAGUUUUGGAGAUUGUUAGCGGUCGAAAAGUUAGUGACAAGUCAGAUUUGUUAACCGAUACAUGGAGCCUCUUCCAAUUAGGGAAGCAACUGGAGCUAGUGGAUGAAAGUCUUGAUUCAUGUAGUUCAAGUGAAGCAGCAAUGUGCAUACAAUUAGGGUUGUUAUGUUGUCAAGCUGUAGUUGCGGAUAGACCCGAUAUGAAUGCCCUUCAUAUUAUGUUAUCAAGUGACUCUUUUACCCUUCCACAGCCCGGAAGGCCCGGACUUCAAGGCCGUGUGGGGCGGUGGACCACCUCCGAUUCAUCCGUACUUACAGGUACAAAUGAUAGCUCUAUUCUUACUAAUCAUACAAAACCAUCUACUGCUAGUUCUACAUACGUUUUUUCAAGAAAUUCUAUUUCGUAUUCGUCUAUAAAUGAAGGUCGAUAAGUUAUUAUUUUGUGUGAAAGUUGUAAAAGUAAAUAGGUGAAAAUCUAUAAUUGAUUUACCUUUGGUAUAUUGGCUAGGGUUGGUGUUUAUCUUUUUAAUUUGUGUAGUAAAUUGGUUU